AUGGAACCAGAACCAACCCUUGCCGCUCUCCUUGAGGCUAUCACAGCCCUCACCGCCACAGUUGGGUCCUUGCAGGACCAAAUUAAAUCACAAGGCCAACAACUCAAUGAACUCAAGGCCAUAUGCAAGGAGACCGCCAACCUUGUUGGCAACAAAGAUCAAGGAGGCCCACAAGCCAAGCCUGGCCCACCAACUGGGCCUGCCCUGUUCCAUCCCUCAAGAGGGACAGGCUUUGAUUCAGAGGAUGAAGAGGAACCCAGAAGAGCUCCCAAAAAGGAGCCUUGCAACAUGCCUAGGAGCCUCAGCUCCCUUACCCCCUUUGACUCAGGGUCCAGCAUGAAGCGGCCCAAAAUGGAACUCCCUGACCCAUACAAGGGAGACACCAGAGGACAAAAGGCCACCCAAUGGCUAGAUUGCAUGCUCUUAUGGGUAGCCCUGCACAGGGACCAGUUUGAUGAAGAAGAGCAGAUGGUUGUGUGGAUCUUAUACCACAUGACAGACAAGGCAGCCAAUUGGGCGCUCCCCCUCAUAGGGGCUAUCAUCAAGGGAGAGGGCAACCCUCCAAAUACCAUCCCAGCCCUAAUGGCCAAGUUCAAGGAAGCAUUUGCAGACCCUGAUGCCAAACGGGCUGCUGGCAGAAAAAUAGCCGCCCUCUCCCAAGUCACCACCACCUCUGAGUAUGUCAUGGAGUUCUGCAACCUCAUGGCAGAACUAGACUGGAACAAGGAGGCCUACAUUGCGCAGUUCACGCAAGGCCUCCACUGGAAAGUCAAGGAGUUACUGUCAACCAAAGAUAAUGUCCCUGACAAACUCAAGGCUAUUUUUGCAGCUUCUAUUAAAAUUGAUAACACCCACUGCAAGAAUGAGGAGAACCAACCCAAGAAGCAGCCUGCCAAGUCCCUGGUCACCGCAACCACUUCCACAACCACCACUCAAUGGGGACAGUUCAACGCUAGGCACUACUUCCCCCACGCUGUUUUCACCAUUCCAUCCACACGCUCUGGCGUCCCCCACCCAUACUCCCGUCCUACCAGCCGCUCUAGUCGUCGUUCUGUGGCAGCCAACUCCCAACCACCCACUUGCAAAUCAUCUCCCACUCCGCAAAACUUGCCCGGAAUGGAACCAGAGCCGUCCAUUGGCGCUCUCCUUGAGGCUAUCCAAGCCCUCUCCACACAAGUUGGGUCCCUCCAGGACCAAGUCAAGUCUCAAGGCAAGCAAAUCACUCAGCUCACCGCCUUAUGCAAGGAGACCAACAACCUUGUUGGAGACAAGGACCAGGGCGGAGCCCAAACAAAGCCUGGCCCAUCGACUGGGCCUACCACUCCUCCCACCCACACGGGAGGAGAAGCCCACACUCCAGCAACGAUUAGGCCUGGACUCAAGGCCCCCUUCCAACCAUCAAGGGGCACAGGUUUUGAUUCAGAAGACGAGGAAGAGCCAAGGCACCCCAAAAGGGAGCCUCAAGGAACGCCUAAACGGCACCUGGGAUCCCUCACCCCUUUUGAUGCAGGGUCCAGUGUAAAGCGGCCAAAGAUGGACCUCCCAGACCCCUAUAAGGGUGAUACCAGGGGACGCAAGGCCACUCAGUGGCUUGAUCGAAUGAUGCUCUGGGUUGCCCUACAUAGGGACCAAUUUGACAAGGAGGAGCAAAUGGUUGUAUGGAUCCUAUACCAUAUGACCAAUAAAGCCGCCAAUUGGGCUCUCCCCAUUAUUGGGGCCAUCAUCAAGGGCAAAGGCAAUCCCCCCACCACCAUCCAGGCCUUAACGGCCAAGUUCAAAGAAGCAUUUGCCGAUCCCGACGCCAAGCAAGCCGCCGCUAGAAAAAUUGCGGCUCUCUCCCAAACAACCACCACCUCCGAGUACGUCACGGAGUUCCGCAACCUCAUGGCGGAAUUGGACUGGAACGAGGAGGCCUAUAUUGCGCAGUUCACGCGAGGCCUCCACUGGAAGGUCAAGGAACUGCUAUCAACCAAGGAUAGUAUUCCCGAUGAACUCGAGGCAAUUUUUGCGGCCUCUAUUAAGAUUGACAACAUUUGCCGCAAAAAUGAGGAGAACCGUCCCAAAAAGGCACCUGCCAAAUCCCCAACCACUACUUCCACCACUACCACCCAACGGGUCCGCCUCUCAGAGGACCCAAAUUAUGUCACACCGGAAGAAAGGGAUCGCCGCCGCGCGUCUGGCCUUUGUGUCAAGUGCGGUCAGAAGGGACACGGAAUCAAGCAAUGUCCCAACGGAUGGAAAGCCACAGUCAAAGAAGUGGCUAAGAUUGCCGAGGACGUCAAGCCGGGAAAAGAUUGA